UUAAAAAAGAAAUUUGGAAAAAGCUCGUGUUGGACGGGAGAACAGUCGCCGAACCCUUCCCUAGCUUUCCUUGCCGUUACCGGAGAUCUUCACCGCCGUUUCCUGUCUUCUUGUCCGUUCCCCGGAGAACCACCGCCGGCGAUUCGCUUUGGCUCCUGAUAACCCUGCAAAAAUUUUGACAUCCAAAGUUGUUCUACUGAAACGGACAAGCAAGAACUAUAGAGUCGGAGCAAAAUGGAAUCACAUGCUCAUUCAAGAAUCUCAAAUAUUCAGAAUCAUCUCUCGCCGAAUGACAUAAACAGCAAGAUAAGGAGUCUGGUGAAGGUUUCUCCCGAAGUAUCCAAAGCCCUAUCCGAUGGGCGUGCCGUGGUUGCUCUAGAGUCAACUAUAAUAUCUCAUGGGAUGCCUUACCCACAGAAUCUUCAAACUGCAAAGGAGGUGGAGUCAAUUGUGAGGGAAAAUGGAGCAGUUCCAGCAACCAUAGCUAUUUUGAAUGGAACACCUUGCAUAGGUCUGAAUGAGGAAGAAUUAGGGCGUCUUGCGUGCCUGGGAAGAAGUGUUCAGAAGACAGCAGGGAGGGACAUUGCACAUGUUGUUGCUACUGGAGGGAAUGGUGCAACAACAGUUUCUGCAACUUUGUAUUUUGCUUCCAUGAUUGGCAUUCAAGUUUUUGUAACCGGGGGAAUAGGAGGUGUGCAUAGGCAUGCCAAUCAGACUAUGGACAUCUCAUCUGAUCUUACUGCACUGGGGAGGACUCCGAUGGCAGUAAUUUGUGCUGGCGUGAAAUCAAUACUCGAUAUUCCAAAAACCCUUGAAUACCUGGAAACUCAGGAGGUGUAUGUAGCUGCAUACCAGACGAAUGAGUUUCCUGCGUUUUUCACUGAAAAAAGCGGUUGCAAGGCACCAUCCCGUGUGGAUAGCCCCGAAGAGUGUGCUAGAGUAAUAGAUGCAAACGCGAAGCUAAAUCGUCAGUCAGGGAUUCUAAUUGCUGUUCCAAUUCCGAAAGAGCAUUCAGCAUCGGGGAAUCUCAUUGAAUCUGCAAUACAACAGGCCCUUAAAGAAGCAAGGGAGCAAAACGUAACUGGAAAUGCAGAAACUCCGUUCUUGCUUGCACGGGUGAAUGAGUUAACAGGAGGCACAUCGCUCGCAUCAAACAUAGCCCUGGUGAAGAACAAUGCCCGAAUAGGUGCUCAGAUCGCUGUAUCUCUUGCCGAGCAGCAGCGCAGGUGAGGUCUUCCUGUCGGCAGCACAGGUUGUCAUGUCCAAAGACACUCGAGUCUCCUUCUGUUUCAGUUUCUUUUUAACCAAUACUCUCUUGUUGCAUUUUCCUUCGAAUUCAAUCAGUUGCUAGGACUAUACGUGCGUGUGUUGUCUAACUUUAGUUUGAAUGGUGAUUCGUGUGGAUAUGUACAUUUCUAAAGCACAAAUUGCGAGAAUUUUACGUUUA